GAAGUUCCGUUCAAUUCAUUUUCAAACGAUCGGUCGGCGAGACAGGGCAUUAUUGUAGUUCCGUAACGCGUUUUAUCAACGCGGUUGAUUAGGUUAUCGAGGUGGAGCGUGUAAAUACCCCGGAUCCAGCUAUCCGAAGAAGUACCCGGAGUGAAAACCUCAACCGCAACUGUAAAUAUCGUCGAUGCCCUGACGCAUCCCUUGUUUACAUACACGCAUAUGUACAAAAAUUAAUGUUUCAGCCAUAAGGACGAGCUAUAUAUGCCUGCUAGUUAUGAUCACAAAAUAAGCACUCGUUUUCCACACACACAAAAACACACAAAAUAAUUUUAUUAACAAAAGGCGUGGUGGUCAGAUUUGCAGAGCAUGUCCAAGUACCAAAAACUCGAUGGAGGCCGACCGCCGACCACUCACGAAGAUGACUUUGAUUACUUUGAUGACGACAAGUCUGAACGUCGAUCCCCCCGCACGCCGAAUAUUUACCAAAAAUACAGCAAUGACGACAAUACGGUUAACAACAACAGUAUCAACAUGGUAACAAUAGGGCCAAGACCAGUCGGGCACUCGGAUGAACAGACCUGGGAAGUGCCGCUGCUGGUCGAUGAUAGUCAGGGCUUUGAAAAUGAGCUAAUGGAAUUAGAUAUGGCAGGUGUAACUGUGCAUGAACAUGGGAGUCCUAAGUGUCAAUAUCUACAAAGAGGAUUUGAGCCAGACGGGAAGAGCAAAGCCACUCAGGAAGCCAAGUCCAAGAUUUUGGUCGCAAUUUUGUUAUGUUCCAUAUUCAUGAUCAUUGAAUUCCUUGGCGGCCUCGCGGCCGGAAGCCUGGCCAUCAUGACGGAUGCAGCCCAUUUGGCGUCUGAUUGCAUUAGUUUCGUCAUCGGGCUGGUCGCAGUUUGGGUAAGCGACCGGCCACCGGAUAAGCGCAUGUCCUUUGGUUACAAACGUUUCGAGGUUCUGGGAGCCCUAAUUUCGAUACUUGGAAUUUGGCUUCUGACCACUUUGCUCGUAGUGGUGGCAAUCCAGCGAAUCAUAUCUCAAGACUUUGACUUGAACAUCAAUGUAAUGAUGACCAUAUCUGGGAUUGGAAUCGCUAUUAAUGUUGCAAUGAUAUUUGUUUUACACGGAUCGUGGUUCAUCGGUAGCCACGGCCACAGUCAUAAUCAUGGUCUCGGACACGGACACAGUCAUAAUUCUGGUCCUGGAACCAGUCAUGGCCACAGUCAUGGCCACAUACGGAGUGACUCCCAGUCGAACUUCUAUCCUCUUGCGCCGACAGGUAGCGAGGAGAGCUCUCUGAUAACACCAGUCUGCGAGGCUUCCGAAAUUUCUAAUAAAUUGUCCAAUAAUGAAGCUGUUUUUAUUCAAAAUGAUCCAAAGCCUUCAAAGUCGGACGGGCCUCCAUGCUUAUCACUUAACCCGCAUCUUGACAACGAGGAUAAGAAUUUAAACUUACGUGCGGCAAUGAUUCAUGUCGUUGGCGAUCUAGUGCAAAGUUUUGGCGUCUUUUUGGCUGCCAUUUUGAUCAAGUUUUUCCCAAGUGCAAAGUUUGUGGAUCCUUUAUGUACGCUUCUCUUCUCGGUUAUUGUAAUUAUGACCACACUUCAGCUUUUCCGGGAAUCAAUAACGAUUCUUUUAGACGCCGUGCCACCCAACUUUAGCGUAAAAAAUCUCGAGCGCGAUCUGAGCAAUCUCGAGGGCGUUAGGUCGGUUCACCACGUGAAUGUUUGGCAGCACACCAGCAAUCACAUAGUUAUGAUUGUCCAUCUUGUCACCGAGGCACAAUCUGAUGAUGACGCAGUUAUGCGAUCAGCCACAAAGCUUGUCUACGGUUACCCAUACAACGUGCGGCAUGCAACCAUCCAAAUUGAACGAGCUCCUUCGUAAUCCGCCAAAGAGAUUGUUAUCCAUCCCAUAAAGUCCCGACCUGCCGUACGCUAUACUAUUUUGUGAUUUACCAACUACUUUGUUUAGGCAUUUAUAUGACCAUUUGGUGGCAUAUAAUGAUAAGAUUCGGAUUCAAUUGAAGCCAAAGAAUGUUUUGAAAAUUGGUUCAACAUAAGUGUAUAGUACUUUCAUCAGGGAUACUAAGUAUUUCAAUAUUUACAUUAAAUGAUUACUAUUUAAAUCGCGUGUUCCUAAAAAAAAAUAGUUUUAUUUUGUUGACUUCAUUUUAUAUUCAGGAAUUUUAAA